AUGAAUCGAGUGCUGGCUGUGCUUCUACUGCUGAGCAGUGUUUACGCUGGGACGGAUCUGAACAAGUUCGUGGGUGAAUGGACCCUCGUGGCUAUGUACAGCGCGGCCGCCGAGCUCCGAACCUGCGACCGGUUCAACAUAACCCUGGACGGUGACGCGUGCAGCUGCGACGGGGAGCCCGCCUCGGCGCUGAGGUUCGGAAUGGUAGCCCUACCCAUCAUCGUGGUGGAAGACUACCAGGGCGUGGCAGCGGCGUUGAACCGACGUUGCACAAGUGGCGGCAUCACGAAGACCAUGGCGGCGCGGCUGGUGAAUGACGACUUCUUCGUCCUCUACGAGAGGUGCUACGAGUGCUCCGAGCGGGAACCGGAAACUGCGAACCUGAUGGCGAGGAGGCUCCCGCGGAAGGCGGACCUGGACGCGCUGGUGGGGAUCGACGAGUUGAGGGGCAGGAGCGGGAAGACCUGCGGCCUGGUCCAG